CCGGCAUGAAUCUGUGUGGCGGCGUGUUUAUUUUGUAGAAAUAACCUAUAAAAAAAAUGUCCACACAAUUGGGUACAUUAAUUUCUUGUAUUUUAGCCGAAUAUUUUGGUGAAACAAUUGAAAAAAUUGGAUCAUUCUUGUACACAUGGGGUCCAAAUCCUUUAGCUUUAAUAUCCAAAAAUACGAGUGUACCAAUUGAAAAAACGAAAAUAUCAUUAUGUUUUUUAAUUAAAUACGGUCUUGUUAACUUUGAACCAGGACGAACACCUAGUACAGCCAAUUAUUAUUUAAUUCAUGAAAAAUUAUUGCAUUUAUUGAGAUAUUCGAGGUAUAUUGCAAUUAUAAAAAAGAAAUAUGGUAACAUAGCCGAAGUAACUCUCGAAAAUAUUCUCUGUCAUGGUAUUGUUCGAGCAUCGGAUACAAUUUUAGCGAUUGCAAAGCGAUUACAACAGCAGAACGAUGAAGAAGAAACUGUCGAUUUAUCACGAUUACGUGAUAUGUUUUUUACAUUUAUCGCAAAUCAAUACAUAAUGCGUGUACCUUCCCCGAUUUCGGAUAAUGAAAAAAUACCAACACUGAAAAUCUCUGAGCGUGAUUUAUAUUUAGCGCCUGAGAUUGAUAUUAAACUAUUAUCGGAAAUAUUUAAUGAAACAAAUGCUGAGAAUAAAAAAGAACAUACGAAUGAUAAGGAUGUUUAUUGGCGGAUAAAUUUUGAUCGAUUUCAUCAAGAUUUCCGUGAUGCUACACUUAUAUCGGCCGUUAAACGACGUACAGAUGAAAAUGGCGGUGAAUUAAUGGCGAUUUUAUUGAAAUUAAUGUAUAUACGAACGGAACCAUGGGCGGAUAUUUCGAAUCCGAUACCGGUCAGUGAAAUUAAGGAUGUUUUACGAAAUCAAAAUACAAAUCCAAAUUUAUUGCUGUAUUUGGAUCAAUACUUAACUAUAAUUGAAAAUGAUCCAUGUAAAUUUCUAAUGAAAAUUGGUGAAACUGGUGGCGGUCAAUAUGUGAUUAAUUUAAAAGAAACAUUCAUACAACUGGCAUGGGCCACCGUUGAAAAUAUAAUCGCUGAAAAAUAUGGCUCACAUGCGGCACGAAUAUUUCGUUUAGUACGUUCGAAAAAAUUUAUCGAAGCCGAUCAUAUACCACAGCUUUCAAUGAUGCAAAUUAAAGAUGCGAAACGUUUAACGUAUUUACUGCUCGAAGAGAAUUUAUUACAGAUGCGUGAAUUACGUAAAGUACAAACGAAUAAUUCGGGACCAAUUAAAACAUUUAUAUUAUUUCAUAUAAAUUUUGAUCAAGUUGCUCGAAUGAUUUUGGAUAUUAGCUAUAAAUGUAUGUAUAAUUUAAAAGUACGACGAAAACAUUUUGUGACAAUUAAUAAACCGAUUAUCGAUAAGAAACAUCGAGCGGACGCUAUCGAAUUGGAUUUAAAAUCGAAAGUUCCUGAAGAUGAAUUGGAGGAAAUUUUAUCGGAGUUAAUAACACCUGCUGAAAGAGAUAUUUUAGGAAAAAUUGGUACAACGAUUAAAAAACUAAAUGCAUCGGCGCUCAAUUUAGAUGAUACUAUUUUUUUGUUACAGUUGUAUAUGUUGUACACAGCCAAAGAAUAAAAUUUUU